GUCAGGCUGAUCAAUACGCUAUUGGGUUAGUCAGGCUGAUCAAUACGCUAUUGGGUUAGUCAGGCUGAUCAAUACGCUAUUGGGUUAGUCAGGCUGAUCAGCAAGUCUCAAUGAGGUGUUGGGUUAGUCAGGCUGAUCAGCAAGUCUCAAUACGCUAUUGGGUUAGUCAGGCUGAUCAGCAAGUCUCAAUAAGGUAUUGGGUUAGUCAGGCUGAUCAGCAAGUCUCAAUACGCUAUUGGGUUAGUCAGGCUGAUCAACAAGUCUCAAUAAGGUAUUGGGUUAGUCAGGCUGAUCAGCAAGUCUCAAUGAGGUGUUGGGUUAGUCAGGCUGAUCAACAAGUCUCAAUGAGGUGUUGGGAUCAACAAGUCUCAAUAAGGUGUUGUGUUAGUCAGGCUGAUCAGCAAGUCUCAAUAAGGUGUUGGGUUAGUCAGGCUGAUCAACAAGUCUCAAUAAGGUGUUGGGUUAGUCAGGCUGAUCAGCAAGUCUCAAUAAGGUGUUGGGUUAGUCAGGCUGAUCAACAAGUCUCAAUGAGGUGUUGGGAUCAACAAGUCUCAAUAAGGUGUUGUGUUAGUCAGGCUGAUCAACAAGUCUCAAUGAGGUGUUGGGUUAGUCAGGCUGAUCAACAAGUCUCAAUAAGGUAUUGGGUUAGUCAGGCUGAUCAACAAGUCUCAAUAAGGUAUUGGGUUAGUCAGGCUGAUCAACAAGUCUCAAUGAGGUGUUGGGUUAGUCAGGCUGAUCAACAAGUCUCAAUGAGGUGUUGGGUUAGUCAGGCUGAUCAGCAAGUCUCAAUGAGGUGUUGGGUUAGUCAGGCUGAUCAGCAAGUCUCAAUGAGGUGUUGGGAUCAACAAGUCUCAAUACGCUAUUGGGUUAGUCAGGCUGAUCAGCAAGUCUCAAUAAGGUGUUGGGUUAGUCAGGCUGAUCAGCAAGUCUCAAUGAUGUGUUGGGUUAGUCAGGCUGAUCAGCAAGUCUCAAUGAGGUGUUGGGUUAGUCAGGCUGAUCAGCAAGUCUCAAUGAGGUGUUGGGUUAGUCAGGCUGAUCAGCAAGUCUCAAUGAGGUGUUGGGUUAGUCAGGCUGAUCAACAAGUCUCAAUAAGGUAUUGGGUUAGUCAGGCUGAUCAGCAAGUCUCAAUGAGGUGUUGUGUUAGUCAGGCUGAUCAGCAAGUCUCAAUGAGGUGUUGGGUUAGUCAGGCUGAUCAACAAGUCUCAAUAAGGUGUUGUGUUAGUCAGGCUGAUCAGCAAGUCUCAAUGAGGUGUUGGGUUAGUCAGGCUGAUCAGCAAGUCUCAAUGAGGUGUUGGGAUCAACAAGUCUCAAUACGCUAUUGGGUUAGUCAGGCUGAUCAGCAAGUCUCAAUAAGGUGUUGGGUUAGUCAGGCUGAUCAGCAAGUCUCAAUAAGGUUUUGGGUUAGUCAGGCUGAUCAGCAAGUCUCAAUGAUGUGUUGGGUUAGUCAGGCUGAUCAGCAAGUCUCAAUGAGGUGUUGGGUUAGUCAGGCUGAUCAGCAAGUCUCAAUGAGGUGUUGGGUUAGUCAGGCUGAUCAACAAGUCUCAAUGAGGUGUUGGGUUAGUCAGGCUGAUCAACAAGUCUCAAUAAGGUAUUGGGUUAGUCAGGCUGAUCAACAAGUCUCAAUAAGGUAUUGGGUUAGUCAGGCUGAUCAGAAAGUCUCAAUGAGGUGUUGGGUUAGUCAGGCUGAUCAACAAGUCUCAAUGAGGUGUUGGGAUCAACAAGUCUCAAUAAGGUGUUGUGUUAGUCAGGCUGAUCAACAAGUCUCAAUGAGGUGUUGGGUUAGUCAGGCUGAUCAACAAGUCUCAAUAAGGUAUUGGGUUAGUCAGGCUGAUCAACAAGUCUCAAUAAGGUAUUGGGUUAGUCAGGCUGAUCAACAAGUCUCAAUGAGGUGUUGGGUUAGUCAGGCUGAUCAACAAGUCUCAAUGAGGUGUUGGGAUCAACAAGUCUCAAUAAGGUGUUGUGUUAGUCAGGCUGAUCAACAAGUCUCAAUAAGGUAUUGGGUUAGUCAGGCUGAUCAACAAGUCUCAAUAAGGUGUUGGGCUAGUCAGGCUGAUCAGCAAGUCUCAAUGAGGUGUUGGGUUAGUCAGGCUGAUCAAGUCUCAAUAAGGUUUUGGGUUAGUCAGGCUGAUCAACAAGUCUAAAUAAGGUUUUGGGUUAGUCAGGCUGAUCAGCAAGUCUCAAUAAGGUGUUGGGUUAGUCAGGCUGAUCAGCAAGUCUCAAGCCUCAAACACCUUAGUAAUAUAUUCUGUCUAUGGACUCAUGCUACUCAUGAGGGGGGGGGGGACCCAAAUGGCAACUCAUUCUACAUUUGACCGGGGCCCAUAUGGGGGGAUAGGAAGUCAUUAAUGACCAGGGCCCAUAUGGGGGGAUAGGAAGUCAUUAAUGACCAGGGCCCAUAUAGGGGGGAUAGGAAGUCAUUAAUGACCAGGGCCCAUAAAGGGGGAAUAGGAAGUCAUUAAUGACCAUGGCCCAUAUGGGGGGAUAGGAAGUCAUUAAUGACCAGGGCCCAUAUGGGGGGAUAGGAAGUCAUUAAUGACCAGGGCCCAUAUAGGGGGAAUAGUGUCCCAUUAGAGAUGCAGCUUUUCACUGGGACAUCCAGUGACUACAGCAGGUGUGUUGUCUGAAGAUGGAGCCAGUAGCAGCCUACUGGGCCUACGCUUUGAUGUCGCUCUCCUGUGGCAUUACUUCUUUAUUUGAGCCUAGGUUUUAUUUGAUAUAAAUCAAGGAGACGUGCUUUUGAUUUGUCUGUUGAGUGUAAGGGGUUGUCCCCAAAUGUCACCCUAUUCCCUAUGUAGUGCACUCCUAUGGGCCCUUUUCCCUAUGUAGUGCACUACUAUGGGCCCUAUUCCCUAUGUAGUGCGCUACUAUGGUCCCUAUUCCCUAUGUAGUGCGCUACUAUGGUCCCUAUUCCCUAUGUAGUGCGCUACAAUGGUCCCUAUUCCCUAUGUAGUGCGCUACAAUGGUCCCUAUUCCCUAUGUAGUGCGCUACAAUGGUCCCUAUUCCCUAUGUAGUGCGCUACAAUGGGCCCUAUUCCCUAUGUAGUGCGCUACAAUGGGCCCUAUUCCCUAUGUAGUGCGCUACAAUGGUCCCUAUUCCCUAUGUAGUGCGCUACAAUGGUCCCUAUUCCCUAUGUAGUGCGCUACAAUGGUCCCUAUUCCCUAUGUAGUGCACUACUAUGGGCCCUAUUCCCUAUGUAGUGCACUAUAAGUGGAAUAAGGUGCCAUUAGGGAAACAAGCCGUCUCAGAACAUACGCUGUUAAACCAUUGAGUACAUUACUGUGCUGUUACAUGUUUAUAUCAUUUGUAAGUAUGCAUUAUUAUAAUUAUUUUAUAUUUGUAUACAUGCACUAGUUUUUAAGUGUGCAUUAUUUUUCGGGACAUGAAUCAAACUGACGUGUAAAAAAAAUAAAGUACUUUUUUUGUUAACGUC